AUGGAGGUAACAAAGAAGGGUCUGAUCUUGGAGCUUUUUGGGCUUUUGUUGCUGGAACUCCUCUGCCUGUGUUUGGGCCGGGAAACCUACCAUUUUAACUGGAAUAUCACUUUAUCUUCAUACACAAGACUGAAUAGCACCAAAGAAAUAUUGACAGUGAAUGGGCUAUUUCCUGGACCAGCUUUGCAUGUCCGAAGAGGAGAUAGAGUGUUUAUCAAUGUUGUCAACCAUGGAAACUAUAAUAUCACCCUUCACUGGCAUGGAGUGAAACAGCCGAGGAAUCCAUGGUCGGAUGGUCCAGAGUACAUAACACAGUGCCCUAUCCAAGUUGGGGCGAACUUCACAUAUGAGAUCAACUUGAGCACAGAGGAAGGAACCCUUUGGUGGCACGCCCACAGCGACUGGUCAAGAGCCACAGUCCAUGGUCCCAUCUUCGUCUACCCCAUGCUUGGAGCUUCCUACCCUUUCCCCAAACCCUACUCUCAAGUCCCCAUUAUUCUUGGAAACUGGUACAAAGGGGACGUGAUGGAGAUAAUUGAAACAGCCCUUGCGCUUGGAGGAGAACCAAACCAAUCUGAUGCUCAUACCAUAAAUGGUCAACCAGGAGACCUCUUUCCGAGCUCCAAAGCAGGAACUUUUAAGAUGGUGGUACAGAAAGGCAAAACCUAUCUUCUUCGGAUCAUCAAUGCAGGGAUGAAUGAGGAUACGUUCUUUGCCGUAGCUAACCAUUCACUUACAGUCGUUGGAUCAGAUGGAGCUUACCUCAAACCCAUAAAAACAGAUUAUAUAAUGAUAACCCCAGGCCAAACCAUGGAUUGCAUCUUGAAAGCUGACAAAACCCUUAGUCACUAUUACAUUGCAGCUAAAUCUUAUUCGGGUGGAGAAGGUGUUGGUUAUGAUAACUCCACAGCCACAGCAAUCAUAGAAUACAAUGGAACCUACACCCCUCCAUCAACUCCCUUUUUCCCAACCCUCCCUGACUUUAACGACACCGAUGCAGCAACUAACUACACUAGUCGUCUUAGAAGCUUAGCCAGUAAAGAUCACCCAAUUGAUGUCCCGAAAUCUUUCGAUAUCAGAGUUUACACAACUAUCUCUAUGAACACAUUACCUUGUGUCAAUAACUCUUGCGAUGGACCUAAUGGGGCAAGACUCUCUUCAAGCAUGAACAACAUUAGUUUUAGAAACCCAUCAGUUGACAUACUUCAAGCAUAUUAUAAGAGGAUCAAAGGGGUUUAUAAAACUAAUUUUCCUAACGAACCACCAAACUAUUACAACUUCACAGCAGACCAGUUCUCAUCUAAUCUUUCAACACCAAUGGUGGGUACUAAGGUGAAGGUGGUGAAGUUUAACUCAACAGUGGAAAUUGUGUUCCAAGGGACUAACUUGUAUUCAGGAGAGAACCAUCCAAUGCACCUUCAUGGGUAUAGCUUUUAUUGGGUUGGAUGGGGAUUUGGAAACUUUAACAAGACCGCAGAUCCCAAAAGCUAUAACUUGGUUGAUCCACCCGAAAUCAAUACAGUGGGAGUCCCUAAGAAAGGAUGGGCUGCCAUCCGAUUCCGAGCAGACAACCCUGGAGUGUGGUUCAUGCAUUGUCAUUUGGAGAGACAUGCAAGCUGGGGUAUGAAUACAGUAUUAAUAGUGAAGAAUGGUAAAACCAGACCAACAAGUAUGAGAAGGAAACCUCGACAUGUGCCUCCCUGCUGACAUUUAUUAUCUAUGCCGCAGCUCUGUAGACGUCGGUAUUGGACACAAGACU